UGAAACGUACCGAUGACGUGCUUUUGGGGCUGCAUCCAAGCCGGCCCCUUCCCCGAGCGUGAGAGAAGAAGUUGCCGUGGAAACCGCGCAUGCUCACGAUCUUGGGAAGACGAAAAUCGCUCCUUCGCUCUCUUUGCCUUUCGCACACUGUCGAACAAGAUGGACCGUCAGCAGACCCAGAUAAAGUUGGCGAAGGUUAUCAAGAUCCUCGGCCGUACUGGCUCACAGGGUCAAUGCACACAAGUGCGCGUGGAGUUCCUGGAUGAUACGAAUCGAACCAUCAUCCGCAAUGUGAAAGGACCCGUUCGUGAGGGUGAUAUUCUGACUCUCUUGGAAUCUGAGAGAGAAGCAAGGCGUCUGAGAUAGAUCUCCAGGUUCUCUACCCAGUCCACUCCACCAUCAAAGAGCGUUCAGUUAUGCACAUCAAUAAACUUCUGACUGGUGUUCUACAGUAA